GAUAUUGACUGUAGCAAUGUAAUUUACCUUUGUGUUUGAUGAAUUGUGGUGUUUUGUCUCUUUGGGUGUCAGGAAGUGGAGUCCAAUGCACUACAAGUCCCAGAAUCCUCUGGUGUGGGCAGAUCACUUCCAGGGUGGUGUUUAAGGGUGAUUGCCUGCAGUGUUAUGGAGGUUGUGUUUCCUAUAUAUGCUGUGCCUAUUAUGUGAUUCAUGCUUGGAAGGUUUCUGUUGCCCAUCAGCAAGACAUUCCGCUGCCACCCAAACACAACAAUUGGACCGGCUCCGAGGCGCCCAGCUGUUCACUUACAAUGGACGAGAAUCACGUGACGGAGAGGAUACUAAGCCUCACAUUGGAGAUCAUCUACCUGCUGACCGGAGAGGGUUGCACAGUUGUCAGUAAGGCCAGCGAGCGGUCGACACCUCGCAGCCACCCUCGUUUCCCCGAGCGAUCCAGCAAAAUCAACUCUAAGAAGAUUCUAGAAGUCACCCAGAAGAUCAUUGAGCUGCUGACGGGAGAGGUUCCUAUAAGGUGUGAGGAUGUCACUGUCUAUUUCUCCAUGGAGGAGUGGGAGUAUAUAGAAGGACACAAGGAUCUCUAUGAAGAAGUCAUGGCAGAAAAUGCAAAGCCUUUUACCUCUCAAGAUGAGUCGGAAGUCGCAAUCUCCCACGAUGACCAUAAAACGCACAGGGUGCACUUUGACGAGCGGACGAUCUCAGACCCGUGCAAGCCGAAAACAAUGAACUGUGCAUUGGCACCAAACAUGGGUCAAUAUGGAGUAACCCCCGUGACCUCCUGUACAAAAUACACGCAGACGGAGCUUGACUGCGACCGGGAAGAGCCGUCUUCUUUCAAUGAAGGCAAUGAUGUCAUUUACUCUACGGCUGAAGAUCCCGUGAUUGACCGUAUACCCGAAAUUCCAAAACCGCUUGAAGACCACAAUUGCUCUGAUGAUGACGACUGCCUGGUGACCAUCGAACCUGAAAAGGAGAUGGAAAGCGACGCGGUCAGAAUUCGUUCUCACCCACAAACGGUUCAAAAACCUGCUGAGGUCCAAGACCAUCAUUCUGUGUGGCCCCCAAAUUGCGUGUCCACCUAUGAGAAAAGUCAUACGGCCCUAAAUCUCCCAGAGAUGGAAUACCCAUCAAACUGUAUCCUCGAGGAUUCUUCUUUAUGCCCAGAGGAAAGCGUUACCCACAUGGACGAAUAUGAAGCUUCUAACAGCCGGCCGGGGUCGUAUAGAUCUUCCCAAACCCCAGAGGAAACCAAGAACGCAAUGUUCACCAACAUCUUCACCCCCGCGGACCUAACUCAAGAUGAGUUAACGAGCAUCAAGCAAGAGUUGGUUACGUGGGAGGAGGAAAGCCUCUCGUUUCAAGAAAUCUACCUACCUGUGAAACAUAUACAGGAGACUACGGCAGGAGGGGCGCUAGCAAGCCGCGGCAACAAUUUACACGUCAACUUUGGUGCCACCCAUGUUAAGAUGGAACAUGAAGAAGAGGACAAUAUGGAAGAUUUUACGCCUCAAGAACCGGCUCAGGAGGCCUUUGUGGACGUUUGCAUAGAAGAGGAUAGCAAGGACUCGAUUAAUACUGAAGAACUCGGCAAAAACCAGACUCUGCUGAAUUAUACAGGCUUUGGGAACAACUUUAACAGUGCGCUCGGUUACGCCAACCAACCGAUCUACAACUGCCCAGAUUGCAAAAGAUCAUUCUCCAACAGCAGCAACCUGGCCAAGCACCAGCUGCUGUGCCGGGGCCGGAAGCCACACGUGUGCUCGGGCUGCGGCAAGUGUUUCGCCAGCGCCUCCUACCUGGUCAUCCACGAGCGCAUCCACACCGGCGAGCGGCCGUUCGCCUGCUCUCACUGCGGGAAGAGCUUUUCGCGGAAGCCGGACCUGGUCAGACACGAGCGCAUACAUACUGGCGAAAGGCCGUUCGCGUGCCCAGACUGCGGUAAACGCUUCACCAGCGUCUCCAACAUUUUCAUGCACAGGCGCAUCCACACAGGCGUCAAACCUUUCCCCUGCUCGCAGUGCGGGAAGAGGUUUAUCAAGAAGUCGGACCUGGUCCGCCACGAGAAGAUUCACUUGCCACAGAGACCCCUGCCUUGUCCGGAGUGCGGUCAACUUUUUGGAUCCAAUCACAUCCUGAAUAAGCAUAUGCUGAGCCACGCGGGGAGUAUGCAGGUGGCUUUCCAGGGAGGAAGCUGAUUUAAAGGGGAAGUCCUCCUUAACAAUGAUAGCUUAGUUUUGGGUGGGUGCUGGUAGAUCCAGUAUUCCAUUAGCACCUUAAAGGGCCAGUCCACCAAAAAUUGGUAUUUUGGUGUUGGGUAAAUGCUGGAGAUUUAAACACCUGAAAGUCUUUUAUCUCUCAGGGACUUGGGUUAGACCUCGGCGCUGAGUUCCCGACCUGUGUAAUAGUUUGAUGGCAGUACAAGCGUUUGGCAAAUACAUUUGAAAGCAUAGGUAGAUGCAGAACGCUCGUGAGCAAGCAUUCCCGAAAAAUAUCCAAAAUACCUUAAAAAUUGCAAACCAGGCAGACAAAGCCUGGUGCUGUAAAAAUGGGCUUUUGAAGAACAAGCGCACCUAUGCAUAGUGGGCAAUUUUGCAAAAUAAGACCAUGGG